UAAUCAGAAAUCACGACAGCCCCAAAUCCAGUGUGUGAUUCUCGCUCUCAAUAUCUAAGUUUGGGCUCUCGGAUCUUACAAUUGGCGACGAGCACGGAUCCUUCGCAACGCUGAGGAACCCUGCAACACUGUGAAGUUGGUUUUGACCGCCGAUCUCGAGAAUAAAACAGUGCAUUUCCGCGUGGGAAAGUCAUGAGUGACAAUGCCCCAGUCUCCACAGAAAUGCAACAGACAGUAUCCCCUCCUCCACCUGAAGCCAAUGAAACAAGCGAGUGUAGUGCUCGUAAGAGGUGGGAGUUCAAUCGAGACAAUCUGAGUGUAGAACGGGAGAAGCCGCUAGGGGAAGGUUGGUUUGGCAAGGUGUACAAGGCACUGGCCAAAGGGAUCAAAGGUCGAGAAGGAGUCACUCUGGUGGCCGUUAAGGAGCUCAAAGAUGGAGCAAGCACGGAAGAGAAAGAUGAAUUCCUGAAGGAGCUUGCUAUCCAUACCAUCAUGAAGACACACCCUCAUGUAGUGGAGCUCCUGGGUUGCUGCAUACGAGACGAGCUAAUAUGCAUCAUCACGGAGUAUCUGUCUGGCGGGAACCUACUGGGUUUCCUACGAAGCAAACCACCCAGGGAGACCGGGAAAGACCUGAUACAGCACUACCUCGCCAAGUUUGGGCUUCACAUCUCCAGGGGCAUGGCCUAUGUCUCACAGAUGGAGAUCGUUCAUCGUGACCUUGCCGCUCGCAACAUUCUCAUUAGCGAGGAGGAGGUGUGCAAAGUCUCGGACUUCGGUUUCGCUCGGGACAUCUUCGGCAUCGGCUGCUAUCCUCGCGCCCCGGAUAAAGCUCCGAUCCGCUGGUACGCGCCCGAGUCGAUCCUAGACAACCUGUUCAGCAUCAAGUCCGAUGUCUGGUCUUUCGGCAUCUUGCUCUUCGAGAUUUCCACCCUAGGGAGGGUGGCGCCCUACACAAAGUGCAGUAACGAGGAGGUCAGGUUGAAGGUGUCUGCCGGAAUACCUCCGAAGAGACCGCCCAAUUGCGACGACGAGCUCUUCAGCAUCAUGGCGAAGUGUUGGCAGAAGAAUCCAGAAGAUCGGCCUUCGUUCAGCGAGCUCGUAGAUAUCUUUGAAGACGUGCAGGACAUGUAUCCAGACCCAACGAAAAGGACGAAGUAAAGAAAAAGCCUUCUAAAAACGAAUCAUGGAGUCGCAAGAAAAUAAAGCCAGCAAGUCAAUUGUCUGCGGUUACGAUCAGCAACUCCGCCCCACCCCUCCCCCCCAAAAAAACCAAAAGAAAAGACCAUUGAACUAGACCCAAGACGUUUCUGGUGAAAGAGUUUCGGAAAAUAUGGCCAAAUUGCUUGUUUAUAGCAACUGAUUUUUUUUCCAUGUAAAUAAUAAAUUAUACUCAGCUGAUGUGUCAUUGAAUGAAAAAAAAAAUAAGUAAUGGAAAAUGUUAUACUUUUUUAGCUGAAUAUUUUAUCCCUAUAUUUUAUAAGAACGGAUUGUAUUUUUAUAUAAAAAAGUAUAUACAUGUACUUUGAGAUGUAAAUACACUGUCUACGCACGGGUUUUCGUAUUUCCUCAGCAAUAUGAAAACAAUUGUAUUGUACAUGUACUUUAAGAGGUAAAUUCGCUGUCUUAGUGUUUUCAUAGUUCCUCAGCAACGUGGCUGGGACUGUUGGGUCUGCUGCUUCGAACGUUCUGGUAUUGCACACGAUCCAGGCACGUAUCACCGUCAAGAGGCCCCUUUUAAUGGAGAAACCGUUGUGCAAGCCAUUGUCCAAAGCAACUGUCUCUUGACAGAGUAUCUGGACAAUAGUUUGCACAGUGAUUUCGCCAUUAAAGGGGGCCUUCGUGAUGGAAUUGAUUAUCGUCAUCGUGCUGUGUGGUUAAUUGGCAACUGUACUUCUUGCUUAUAUCGUGUACCAGACGCGAUGCAAUGAAAAUAAUCAUAAUUAGCCACAAAGUAUACAUCCAAGUAUUGCAUAUUAUUUUUCCACUUGCACAGCCUUCUCGUAACAUCACAGUGCAGUCCCAUCAUGCAACAGUGGAAACAAAUUGCAAUAUGACGUCAUGUAUUUCUCGAAUGUAAUGAACUUGUAAUAACAUUAAAUACAUUGAAUCAUUUGCUAUCGGGGCCCAAUUUCACGGCGCUGCUUAACAGUCAGCGGACAAAGUUGUGCUUAGUCAACCUUCAGCACUAUUUCACGGCGUGAAUGUGCUGAACGGUCGCGCGUGCAUUGAGAUUUCUAUUGAUGCGUCACGAAACUCAGCAAAUUUUCUUCUGAAAUAAGCGUGCUUUUGUUGUGCUCAUGCUUACGGUCUCCAAGAAAUAGACGGAGGCUCUGUUAGCAGCAAAUGGCGUGUGCUUAGCAGCGCCGUGAACUUGGGCCCUGGUUCGUAAGUGCCGGACUGCGUCAUACAAGCAGUGCACGCAAUACUGAUUACCUUUUGAUAGAACACGCCACCUUUUACUGCUGAGAUUUAAAUUUAGAUUUAGAUUUCUUUAUUUUCACACCAAUCGUGGCCCUGAGGCCAAAAUUAAAAGUGUGGUACAUGCAAUAUACAUUGGCAGCAAAAUACGCAUGUACAUGUAUGAAAUAAAACAGUGGAUAUUAAAACACUUUUGUAAGACAAAAAACGAUAUUAAACGCCGGGGGCGGAUCCAGAACACAAUUUUUUGGGGUGGGGGGUGCAAAAAAAACAUUUGGGCCCCCCAAAAAAGUGGG